GAUCAAUGGUUAUUGGUUUUAAACGGCUAAAACGUGAGAAAAAUACGUAUGCUGCAGCCUAAAAUCCUCCCUCUCAAUUUAUAUGACGAAUAAAAAUAGAAAAUUAUAAAUUGUAAAUUAAUUUUUUGUAUUUGUACGUUGUAGUGUUGUACCUAUCUAAUUUUAAUUGUUUAUGUUCAGUGUUUGUGGGAGGAUAUAUGUAAUUCUUUAUGGAACAGUCAAGAACAAGCAUAGGUAUAAUUAUGUAUUAAACAGUUCUAAAAUGUUGACAAUUCCACAUGUAAGAUGUGAUAAUAUGAUAAAUACAAUUAUAAACCAGAAAAUUAUUGAUGAAACCAAUUAUAAUAAUGAUUACCCACUAGGAACUAUUAAACAAGAAUUUAUUGAUGAAACCAACCAUAAUAAUAGUAAAUUAGUACAAUUAAGAACUAUUUGUCCUAAGGAAAAAGUAAAUACAAAUGAUACUGAAAUUAAAAUUGAAAAUGAUGUUAUCGAGAAUUGUGAAUUUGAAGGAAUGAUUUCAAUUAAAAGCCACUCUUUAGAAAUCAUUAAUUGUUUGAAUUCCAGAAAGAGAUCCAACUUAAGCGAAAAAACUUUAACAUGCAAAGUGUGUAAUAAGAUAUUUUAUAAUUCAUACAAAUUUAAACUCCAUAAGAAAUUUCACACUGGAGAUAAUUCUCAGAAACGGAACAUUUUUAGUAAACCAUUAAAAGUAAAAACAGAUCUCAUAACACGUGUAAAGAUUUAUUCAGGAGAAACGCGGAAAUACACAUGUGAUGUUUGUCAGAGAGCUUUUAAGGUAAAAACAGAUUUGGCAAGACAUGUGAUGAUUCAUACGGGAGAAAAACCCUUCAAAUGUAAUGUUUGUCCUAAAGAUUUUAUUAGAUCAACUGAUCUAAAGUACCAUAUGGUGAUUCAUAACAGGGACAGUCCUCACAAGUGCGACGUGUGUAAAAAAAUAUUUGCUAUGGCAAGUAGAUUAAAGGCACAUAUGAUGAUUCAUUCUAAUAACAAGCCUCAUAAAUGCAUUAUCUGUAGUUGGGAAUUUUAUCAAUCACAUCGUUUAAAAGAACAUAAUAGGAUUCACACCGGUGAAAAACCUUUCAAAUGUGAUGUUUGUGAUAAAGCGUUUGCUAUAUCUUCUUCUCUGACAUUGCACAAGAGACUUCAUACUGGUGAAAAACCUAUACAUAAAUGUAAAAUAUGUAAUUAUAGAUAUUCUUCAUCUUCAGCCUUGGGAAUUCAUAAAAGACUUCAUAGCGGAGAAAAGCCAUUUAAAUGUGACAUAUGUCAUCAAGCAUUUGUUCAAAGUUCAAUUCUCACAUUGCAUAAAAUAAUACAUACUAGGGAUAAGCCUUUUAAAUGCAACAUCUGUUUGAAAACAUUUAUUAAUAAAGCAAGUAUCAAAAUUCAUAUGAGUUCUCAUACUGGAUAUCUGCCUCACAAAUGUAAUGUUUGUAAUAAAUCGUUUGCUUCAAAUUCAAGAUUUAACAUUCAUAUGAAAAUACAUUCUGGAAAAACUUAUGAAUGUGACAUUUGUAUUUUUUACAAAUGUAUUUUAUACAAAAUCAAAAUUGAAAACUCAAUUAUGAUUCAUACAGGAAACAAACCUUACAAAUGCACAGUCUGUUUCAAAACAUUUAUUACGAAUUCAAAACUUAAGUUUCAUAAAUUAGUCCAUACAAAAGAAAAGCCAUAUAAAUGUGAUAUAUGUCCUAAAGAAUUUGGUAGAUCAUCCCAACUUAAGUACCAUAUGAUGGAUCAUAAUGGAGAAUUUCCUCAUAAAUGUGAUGUAUGUGCAAAAAAAUUUGUAACACGCUCGAGAUUAAAUUAUCAUAUGGUUGUUCAUUCUGCAAACAUGCUUUAUACAUGCAAUAUCUGUGACAAAGGAUUUAAUCAAUUGAAUACUUUUAAAUUGCAUAAAAUGAAACAUUCCAAUGAAAAACCUUAUGGAUGCAAACUAUGUAAUUAUAGAUGUACUACAUCUACAGCUCUAAAAAUUCAUAAUAGAACUCACACCGGAGAAAAACCCUAUAAAUGUGACAAAUGCGAUCAAGCAUUUAUUUCAAGUUCAUAUCUGGCUUAUCAUAAGAAUAAAAAACAUACAAUUAUUGAUCCUGAGAAUAAGCCUUAUAAAUGCAGCAUCUGUGAUAAAACAUUUUUCCAAGCUGUACAUUUAAAAACACAUACUAGGAUACAUACUGGUGAAAAGCCUUAUGAAUGCAAACAAUGUAAUUAUAGAUGUACUACAUCUUCGGCAUUAACAAUUCACAAGAGAUCUCAUACUGGGGAAAAGCCUUUUGCAUGCAAAAUAUGUAAUUAUAGAUGUAGUACACUUUCAUCUUUAAAAGUACAUAAUAGAUUUCAUACAGGAGAAAGACCUUAUAAAUGUGACAUAUGUAAUCAAGCAUUUCCUAUGAAUACAAUUCUAAUAUAGCAUAAGAAGCAACACUUAAAUAUUCGUCCUGCAGACAAGCCUUAUAAAUGCAGUACCUGCAAUAAAGCAUUUUUCCAAGCUGUACAUUUAAAAACACAUACUAGGAUACACACUGGUGAAAAGCCUUACAAAUGUGAAGUUUGUGAUAAAGCAAUAAGAUCAUCGUCUUCUUUGAAAGUGCACAUGAGAACUCAUACGGGUGAAAAGCCUUAUGAAUGCAAAACAUGUGAUUUCAAAUGUUCUUCACCUGCAGCUUUAAGAUAUCAUACUAAAGAAUGUCAUACUGGAGGACCUUAUAAAUGUAACUUAUGUAAUCAAGAUUUUGUGUUAAGUUCAAUUCUAAAGAGACAUAUUAAGAAAUAGCCUUUUAAAUGCUUUACUUGUUCUAAAAUAUUUACCAAUAAAUCAAGUAUAAGAAUUCAUAUGAGUUCUCAUAUUGAAUUUAAGUUAAAAUAGCUCAUUGUUUAUUCUAAAAUAUUAAGCUGGUAUUACAGUAGUUUGAUUUUGGUCAAUUUACACUUUGUCAAUUGGAAAAUAAUCCUGACCGAAAAAGUAUAUAAAUAUCAAAAACAAGUUUUAGUUCAUCAACCCAUGACGGAUUAAGAUAGAAAGUAUAUCAUUGCAAAGCCUGUAAAUGACAAGUUACUAUUAUUUAUUCAUUUUCUACAUGCAAACAGGAAGACGAGGAUUUACAUAUUUAUAUAUAAUCUUCAUGUAUAACAUUUCUAUGUCAUGUAAUUAUAAAUACAAAAGCUAAUAAGACAUAAUUCAAAACAAAU